AUGCAGGAUCUAAUAAAUUCAACAAAUAUCAUAGACAGCUUCCGUCAUAUUGAACCCUACAAGCUUGUCAUAACAAAUCAUCAUCACUCAACCAGCAAACGUUUAGACCGAAUUUACAUCAGCGAACAUUUACAUGAGCGUCUUUACCAAUUCAAUAUCCACCGUAGCAUUAUCAAAUCCACCCAUGACGCCACCUCAAUCAUCAUCACGCCUGUAAAAGAUAUCAUUAUUAACAUUGGUCCUAAAAGAUUCAUAUUUGAAGACAAACUACUACCAAUUCCAGAACCAAAUCACAUUAUUCAACCAUUCAUGACAUCAGGAAUAGAUACAUUCAUUUCUAGAGCCAGAGGCUAUGGCCUCAAAAUGAAGAAAUUCGAAUUUCAACUCUACAAAUCCAACUCACCAUUAGCAAAUCAAUCACACCAAGAAGAACCCACACAAAUAAUGUAUAAAACUUUGAAUCUGGAAUUCAAAGGCAGCAGGACACAAAAAGAAUAUAUCCACGUUAUGAGUAAUGACCAAGAAACCACCACAUCAUCAAUGAAAAUGCUCAAUAUGACAUACAGAUACAUGCAAGAUCUUUACACCAACCCCCUACCACACUAUCAACCCAAUUACAUAGAGGAAUACAUAGAGGAUUUUCCAAUACAAUUAACACCAAAUCAAUCAUUGAAAUUGGAAAGAAAAAUAACCUCAGAAGAGAUCUUAAAAGCACUAUUUAGAAUAGAUAACAAAAAAUCUCCAGGACCCGAUGGAUUAACGGUGAAUUUCUACAAACACAACUGGGACAUAAUUGCUCCUUAUAUCACGAACCAACUCAAUAAGGUCAUGACUUCAGGUAUCCUACCGUAUCUGAUGCAAGAAGUAAUGAUAAGAAUAAUUCCAAAACCCAAAAAGAAAUCCAAUCACGUCAAAGAUUUUAGACCCAUUGCAUUAACUAAUAUUCUAACAAGAAUUCUAUCUAGUAUAAUCAACGAUCGCUUCCGAGAACUUCAUGAUACACUCAUCUUACCUUCACAACGAGGCUUUCUUAAAGAGAGACAAAUUGACGAAAACAUAAUGGAAUUCUACAACAUACUAGACCUCACCACCAAACAACACUCACCGCAACUUCAACUACUUAUGUUAGAUCUUAAUAAAGCAUUUGAUAGAAUUAGUCACGAAUACAUUUACUACCUUCUCCAGAAAAUUAAAGUAGGCAAAUACAUGAGAAGACUAAUCUUGUCUACGGUCACACAAUUAAGAGCAUCAAUCAUCUUAAACAAUUUCCAAUCACCUUCAUUCAAAAUCAACAUUGGUAUCCUACAAGGUCUUUCAUUUAGCCCAGUUCUCUUCAACUUGUGCCUAGAGCCCUUUUUCCACAAAUUAAAACGAGUUACCCAAGGUCUUUCUUUACGACUUUCGCAACAUAUUAACAUUCAAAUACAAUAUCAAUCAUUUGCGGAUGACAUGAACAUUUACAUGAAUACAACUGAGGAACAAGAAAAUGUUAUGCGAGAACUCAGACUUUUCGAAAUCGCCACAAACAGUAAAAUCAGUGAAGAGAAAACCAAUUUAUACUACUAUUCAUCAACAGCACCUUCAAACAAUCUACCAUUUGAACAAUUAUCUAUCCAGACUCAGGACUUUAAAUAUCUAGGUAUUGAGAAGAAAGGGACUAACUGGGACAAACAACUAGGAUUUCUCAGUCAUAUGAUCCCCAAAAGUCUAAUAGAGGAAUGGCCAAUCACCUACUCGACAAUAGCCAUAAACCUGUAUAUCUAUUCAAAAAUAUAUUAUCGAGAGCUCCAUCAACCGAUGUCAGAAAAAGCGCUCGACAAAUUUAAUGCCAAAUUAUCCAAAAAGUUUUAUGGGAUCGAUUGGGAUACCAUUAUCACUCCCCAACAAUUAGGAGGAUACGGCCUUCUCGACCUUAAACAUCAGCUUAUGGGCCGAAAAGCAACCCUCAUCUAUCAACUACUAACCAGUACAAACACAACUCCCACCAUUAUUAUGUUUCGUUUUAAAAUUCAAUAUGUCAUCCAUUAUAUGAUAUCAAAAUCUGAUUUAGAAUUCAACAACAAAAUAAAAACCAUACCAUGGUAUUCAGUAUUAAUGGGAAUGAGGAUUCAUCGACCAGAUAUUGAAGAUUUCUAUGCGACAUUUCAAUAUCAUGAACACUUUACUCAAAGUGAGCGAUCAAUCCUUCAAGCAUGGUUCUCAUUAGUCUAUACCAAACAUCCCAACACCAAUGCCUCAUUCAUUGAAAUCGAUCAACACGAUCUAAGAUCAAUCAUCACACGACCACCAGAUCCCAUGUUAAUCAAUCGGUAUCUCAUGGACUUAGACGAACAACCCCUAAAACCAACAACAUUUACAUCCACGUCGACAAAACAUUAUCUUCGACAAAACAAACCAAUCGCGGCGGAACUUAUUAGUUAUGAAUUUGGGCUUACCACAGCACAUUGGUUAAAGUACUGGAAGUUUCAGAAAAAACUCAAGUUUACCUACAGUGGAGAAAUUGAAGAGCUACACAGGUUUCAUCUCGGCCAUUGUAGUUAUUUAGGUUCUAAAACCACAAAAGAACCACAUCCACAAUAUCCCAACAAACAUGUCCCUUUCUGCUUACUUUGCUUGGACCAAUCCAUCAUUAAUCCCGGAUCCAACCAUAUAUAUCAAGAUUGUGAAGUUUCAAAGAAGAUAUGGAAGCAUUUUUCACCAGAUCAACAUUUCAUAUUAAGAAACAUAAUAGGGACCACUCACCUCAAUCCCAACACAUAUUUAACAGUAGACCGUUACAUCAAGACAAUAACCUUCCUAUGGAAAACCCGACGACGAUACAAAAGAGCCUUACGUCCAUUAACGGACAAGAAGAUUCGAUCCAUCAUUAAAACGGUCCCAAAUGUAAUACAUAAAUAUUAA